GGAACCUUCACCUGUAGAUAUUUGACAUUAACCUUUUCACCAUCUCCCCAAAAAAGAAAAAACCCAACACUGCACUUCUGAAGUAAAGACUCUGCGCUUCGGAUAUUGCAUCGCUGCAAAGUCGCUGGAAAUAACUUCAUUAUUCCGGGUGUUUUGCGGGCGACUGUCGCCGUGUCCUCCGGUUUAACGGGAUACUGCUGGCUGUAUGGAGGGAUGUCGGCAUGGCUUGCACCAGGAGAACCAAAACUUUGGUGUCCACAUGCGUGAUCCUGAGCGGCAUGACCAACAUUGUUUGCCUGCUCUAUGUCGGAUGGGUUACUAAUUACAUCGCCAACAUUUACAUCAAAGUCCCGAUGCCUUUACCGGAGAGAAAGUUAGAGGGGGACAAAAGAGGUGACACUAUCCGGAUCAUGGAGAGGCUUGAUCGGCUGGAGAACGUGGUCAACCAGCACAUACAAGAGACUCCAGGGAGGGGAGAGGACGGUCAGGCGGACACAUCAUUCUCUGACUCGUCGCUGUUUGCUCACUGGGGUCAGGAGCUCAGUCCGGACAACAGGCGGGUGGCACUGAAGAUGUUCCAGUACUAUGGAUAUAACGGCUACCUCAGUGAUCGUCUCUCUCUAGACAGGCCAAUACCAGACCUCAGGCCUGAUGGGUGCAGAAACAUCACUUAUCCUUUAAACCUCCCUCAAGUGAGCAUUGUGUUCAUUUUUGUGAAUGAAGCCUUGUCCGUCAUCCUGCGAUCCAUUCACUCCGCCAUCAACAGGACGCCCUCCCACCUUCUCAAAGAGAUAAUCCUGGUGGACGACAACAGCAAUAACAAUGAGCUAAAGGAGAAGCUGCAGGAUUUUGUGUCCGAGUUUAACAGCCAACGUCCAGGAUUCAUUAAGAUGGUGCGGCAUUCCAAGCAGGAGGGUCUGAUCCGGUCCAGAGUGAGCGGGUGGAGGGUUGCCACUGCCCCAGUUGUUGCCCUGUUUGAUGCCCACGUUGAGUUCAACGUUGGCUGGGCUGAACCCAUUCUGCAGAGAAUUAAAGAAGACAGAACUCGCAUUAUCUCCCCAUCAUUUGAUAACAUCAAGUACGACACGUUUGAGAUUGAAGAGUAUCCGCUGUCUGCCCAGGGCUUUGACUGGGAGCUGUGGUGUCGCUACCUCAACCCACCAAAGUCCUGGUGGCACAAGGGCAACAAGAGUGCACCAAUCCAGAGCCCAGCCCUGAUUGGCUGCUUCGUGGUGGAUAGGCUGUACUUUGAGGAGAUUGGCUUGCUGGAUGAGGGGAUGGAGGUGUACGGUGGAGAAAAUGUGGAGCUGGGCAUCAGGGUGUGGCAGUGUGGCGGCAGUGUUGAGGUCCUGCCUUGUGCUCGCAUCGCCCACAUAGAGCGCGCUCACAAACCUUACACUGAGGAUCUAACAUCUCAUGUGCGGCGAAAUGCCCUCAGAGUUGCAGAGGUUUGGAUGGAUGAAUUUAAAAGCCAUGUCUACAUGGCCUGGAAUAUUCCCAUGGAGGACUCGGGGAUUGAUAUCGGUGAUAUCUCAGAGAGGAAGGCUCUGAGGAAAAGGCUGCAGUGUAAAACUUUCCGAUGGUACCUGGUCAACAUAUACCCUGAGAUGAGGAUGUACAGCGACACCAUCGCAUACGGAGCACUGAAAAACUCUCUGAAGAACGACCUGUGUCUGGACCAGGGGCCUGACAAUGACAACGUCCCCAUUCUGUAUCUAUGUCAUGGGAUGACACCUCAGAAUGUGUACUACACCAGUACUCAGCAGCUCCACAUCGGGCUCCUCAGUCCCACCGUUGAUGACGACGACAACAAGUGCCUGGUCGAUGUGAAUAGCAGACCGCGCCUCAUCGAGUGCAGCUACGCCGCAGCCAAACGCAUGAAGCUCCACUGGCUCUUCACUCAGGGAGGAUCCAUUCAGAACAGAAAAUCAAAGAGAUGCCUAGAGCUUGUAGCGAGCAGUGACAAUGAGUUCGGCUACCAACUGGCUCUGCAGAAAUGCACUGGACAGAAAUGGUUCAUCACAAACGUGCUGUUUAGCAGCUCCUUAUGAUCGGCUGCUGAAAGGAACACGGCAGUGCAUAGCACACCGGACUGGAUGGGGCCAUUUCUUUUGUGUGCACAUGUGUAUGCGCAUGUGUGUCUGUGUGUGAAAGGAUGUGAAGCAGGGGUCCGACAGAAGAGCGGUGCCUGGUUAAACGCGAUCAUUUUGAGCACCAUGAUGUCCUCUGAUGAGCAGUUGACAUCACAUCGUAAAUGUUAAACAUUUUAUUUUGCCUACAGGAUCAGCCAUAGGUGGCAAAUAUUUUGCAGAUUUGACAAGGUAGUAUAUUUAGUAUAUUUUGUGGUAAAUACAGUACAGUCAGAUUUUCGUUGACUUAAAAGAUGUAAUGGGUCCAAUAUGUUUUUGUACUGUUCAUAAUUGCUACUGUGUAGCAAGCUUUCUGAACCUGUCUCUGCUGUAAUUAUUUUAUUUUAGUGUCUCAGGUUUGUAGGUUUAUUAUGCGGUUCAGCUGUACAGUUGUGGGAAAAUGUUGGAAUAAAUCAGAAAAUAAUAGAUUAUUUUGUAAGUGUUAAUAUUUCGAAUAUUUGUAAUAUGUAACAACUACUGAGUGAAAGUGCCUUUAUUUGGUUUGUUGUUAAAGGCACAAUCCGUGAUUCAAAUCUGAAAAAGGGUUGACCAUUCAUUGAAAUUAAAAGGACUCCAAUCUGCUAUCAAUCCAAAAUAUUUUUGAUUUUUGAUUGUCAAGAAUU